AUGCAGCAGCUGCUCAACCCCUUCGCCCAGAAAUACCCCGAAGCUGUCGAUUCGACGCUCUCCUCCCAAGGUGUAUCGAUUCUGUUCAACCCCUAUGGGCCUUUCGCAGGUCAUUAUCUCGCUGUGGGAGGAAGUGAUGGUAUAGUUGAAAUAUGGGAUGUGGAAACGAGAGGUAUAGUGAGAUUGUUGGAAGGUCACGUUAAAGCUGUUGGCGGAUUGAGCUGGUCAAGAAACAAUCGAUAUCUCCUCUCGUCAUCUCUCGAUUCAACGGUGAUCAUAUGGGAUCUAUCGAUCCUCACUCAUCCACAUUUACAACCUAGAACGCCUGCUUCUUCCUCUACCUCGCCCUCCUCUUCCACGUCAAGACUGCACACCAUUCGAUUCAACGCGCCAGUCUCUACAGCAGUCUUCCAUCCGAGGAACAGUAAGAUCAUACUAGCUACGUUGACUUGCGGGGAGGUGGUAUUGGUAGAUCUAAGAGAUGGUUGUAGGACUGUACUAGAAGACGUGGUAGAGGACGAAGAUGAUCAAGGGCAAGACGAUACUGAUAGGAGGAAGAAAUCUAUCAUGGCAUCCGCUGUUUUCUCUCCUUGCGGAUCGAGGAUAUAUGUGGGUACUGCAAAUGGAAUGCUGCUCAUCAUUGAUCCAGUCUCGAAAUUCGUAGGACAAAGAGUAAAAUUGGCUACAUCAGCCAUAAGGCAAUUACGAUUCGAUGCAUCUGGACAUAAUAUCAUUACAUCCGCCUCUGAUCGAGCACUCCGAAUCCUGUCUGUCGACCCUCUCACAGCCAGCUUAACGCCCCUGCACCGAUUUCAAGACUUGGUCAACAGGACACCUUGGCAUGCGAUAGGGUUCUCUGGUGAUGGUGAAUAUGUCAUGGGUGGUGCUGGACACAAGAUGGCGCACAAUGUGUUUAUAUGGGAUAGAGAAAGUACGGUGUUGAUCAAAGUGCUGGAAGGGCCGAAAGAACCGUUGAUUGAUUGUGAUUGGCACCCUACUCGCCCGGUGAUAGCUUCGAUCGCUACGUCGGGGGAUGUACAUAUAUGGCAAACCUCGAGUCCAGACAAUUGGGCUGCUUUUGCACCUGGCUUCGAAGAGUUAGAAGAGAAUAUCGAGUAUGAUGAGAGGGAAGAUGAGUUUGAUAUAGAAGACGAAACGGAUUUAGCACGACGGAAAAACCUCGAAGAAGACCUUUUAAUCGAUGUCCUAACCCCACCAAUCGACACAUACCCUCUUCCUCCUAAACCCAUCAUACAUCUCCCCGCACAAUAUUUGGCACCGACUGUAAGCGACGAAAUACGACUGGAAGGUGAGGGGCACGUCAAGACCUUGAUGGGCGUGAUGCAGUGGGCAGAUAGGGAUCCGGAUGAAGAUGAUUGGGAAGGGUUCUAUAUGAGUUUGGAUCUGAAUGAGGAGCUGGGUGAGGACGAGGAGAAUGGUCUGAACUAA